AUGUACAUUGCCCCCCACCCCACCAGACUGAAUACAGUGAGCUAUGCAUGGCCCCGCUCUCAGCCUGAACACAGCGAUCUGAGCAUGGCCCUAUUCGCUCAGCCUGAACACAGCGAUCUGUGCAUGGCCCUAUUCGCUCAGCCUGAACACAUCGAUCUGUGCAUGGCCCUAUUCGUUCAGCCUGAACACAUCGAUCUGUGCAUGGUCCUAUUCGCUCAGCCUGAACACAGCGAUCUGUGCAUGGCCCCGCUCUCUCAGCCUGAACACAGCGAUCUGAGCAUGGCCCUAUUCGUUCAGCCUGAACACAGCGAUCUGUGCAUGGCCCUAUUCGUUCAGCCUGAACACAUCGAUCUGUGCAUGGCCCUAUUCGCUCAGCCUGAACACAUCGAUCUGUGA